CUCCAGAGUUCAGUGUGGGUGAAGUACCUUCCCGAAGGAAGGCCUGCUCUUGCGCCUCCGGCAGUGAAGUGACCUUCAAUAGCUUUAUUUCUUUACAUUAUCCAGGUAGGUAUGCAAAUGCCGCCUUUUCGCAAGCUCAGUAUUCCUCGCUGCCCCAGGUAUUUGACGAUACUUCUCAAUACCCCGUCUACCUAGGUAGUUUUACGCCACAUAUGUCGUCUGUUUUCCUCUCAGCUACCUAGGCAUUCCAAGACUAUCCGUAUGCGCUCCGCCUAAGUCCCCACGACGAUCGAGGCGCGCCUGCUAUUUGGCGUUCAAGUUCCCUUCCCAACACGCAUCGACGAACAACCCAUCCAAAGCGCCUCCGGCUAGCGAACACUUGGGCGAAAAAGGAGAAAAUCAGCAUACGAAUUUCCGAACAUGCCAGACAUCAGCGCUCCGCCGCCCCGGCCGAAGCUGAAGCUUAGCGUGGGCUCGCGACAGUCCUCGUUCAGCGAACAGAAUGGCGCGACGCCGUCGGCUUCGACUCCUUCCUCCUCGAUGAAGAUUAAGCUGAAGCCAUCACAACCACCGACACCAGCUGGAACCGCGGCGCCUGCCCCGUCCAAGACGAAAGCUGGAAGGGUUUCCAAGCCCACAACCAAGAUCAUUGAAUCCAAGAAGCGGGAACAGGACGAAGACGACGAUGGCACGAACCAUCCGUCCAAGAAGAUCAAGCUUCUGAAAACGCCUGUUGUGUCGACGCCUAGGACAGGUCAUAUCGUUGUUAAGUCAAAAGGCAAACCGCCUGUUCACCCACCCGGCGACGGUUAUGACUCCGAGGCUAGUGACCAGGAGAAGGACCCUACAAUCGAGGAGCAGUUCAUAUUGCGCAUGAUGCCCGGCGAGCAUUGCGAAUACGUCAGGAAGUGCAUUGAGGAAGGCAAGGUCGGCAUCCCUAGAAAGGAUGGCGGCGCUGACAUAAUGAUGAAGUUCUUCGACGAGGACACCCGGCGCGCCAUGGUGGUAGUAAAGGGGCAGCCUUAUGCUGCAGUCAUGGUCGAACUGCCUACGAUCACGGAAGGCAUGAAGUCUUGGGACCGAAAGACCCUCAUGAAGUCUGCCGACAUUUGUCACAUGCUCCUUGUAUUUCAGCAGGUCCGGAGUGAGGAGGAGGCAAAGAAGGCGCCGUUACCUGCAAUGAUCCAACCUGGAUUCAAAUGGCCGCACGGUCUGACACCCCCUAUGCACGAUGCCACCAACCAAAGAUUCGCCAAGAUCAUCAGUCGCUCAGAGAUCGAGCUGAAGGAAAAUGAGGUCAAGAAGCUCUUGCAGGCCGACGCGGCCGCCAUGUCCUCCAGAUACGAACUCAUCGACGACAGAAAGAUGCAGUCUGGCGACGAGUACUCCGAAGACGAACAAGACGCCGACGGCGAGGCUGACGACAGCGGGUAUUUCCCGGCUGACGGCUACAACGACGGCGAACUCGAUGAACAUGAUGACGACUUGGAGGCUGAGCUAAUGGCUGCUUUCGAGGAGGAGGAGGCGAUGAACCAGGUCACGACAGAGGCAGGCACACCAGCGACACAACUCGAGGCCGCUACCCCCAUGACUAUGAAUACCGGCACACCCGCACAUAAUGCCCACGAUAGCGGUGACGGAGAGGAGUCUGUCGCCAGCGAGGAAGACGAAGAUGACGACGACGAUGAAGACGAUGACGACAAGGAGCGGCUGGACGAAGUCAAGGCAGUCCGGGAGGACAUUACACAGCUCAAAAACGAGAUCGCGAAGAAGGAGCAAGAGAAGUCGAAUCAGACGAAUAAGAUUCUGAAGAACCGCGUCGAGGCUCGCUUGAAGGAUCUGAGAGCAGAGCUGUCGCUCAAGCAAGCAUCUAUUGGAGAACAGGAAGAGGAUGAAGACUAGCAGACGUGUUAGUGGUGGUCUCGAAGGAGCAGCAUCAGAACGGUCGGAUAAUAUUGCGAUGCUGAUGAUAUGAGUGCCCACCAAAGGCCACACGAAACAAUGUCCGUUUUCUUUUCAAAGGCAAUGUGUAUUCUUAACCUCUUGCCCUCGAGCUUUGAUACCAAAAGACAGGGCGCUUUGUCAACAAUGUCUCUUGAUAUUGGUGCUCAAUGUUUGAUAUUUUAAGUGAUAAGACGAGCCGGCGAUGCCGAAAGUAAAUAUUGUACAAGAGUCCCCUUUCGCUUGACUCUCUUAUGAUACACACAACCCCAGCCGCGUACGCUACCACGCCAGUCGUGGCAGCGCAAGACACAACGGCAUCAACGCCAAUACCACGCCUGCCU